AUGAGAGAAAGCGAAGUACACGAACUAAUUCAGUCCUAUAUGGACCCAGCAAAAAGAAAAAGAGCAGAAGAGCUUUCAAGAGAAAUAAAUGGCGAGAUGCCAGAGAUAAAUGCAUUCCUGCAUAAUCUCCAGUCUGCAUCCCCAAAGGUAAAGGAAAUCUCUUCUCUUUUUCUAAGGCACUCCCUUGUCCUUGCUAAGAGUGCACCGCACACAGACAGAUCCAUGUUUCCAUCAAUUUUUGUCACAAUUGUUAAUAAUAUCUCACCAGAUAACAACACAACUGAUAGGCUGCUGUAUGAAUCAGUCUCUUCGCUAGCAGAUACUGUUGUCUUAUCUGAUAUUCUACCAAUACUGCAGAUAGACACAGAAAACGUCUUGGCAACAAUAAAAGUGCUUAAUGUACUUGCAAGAUACACGCAGAAAUAUGCCACACUGCACAAGUCAGACUGGCUGUACACAGAAAUCAUCCAGCUGCUAUCCCACGUGCAGAACCCUUUCUACAAGAUAGUUCAGUACAUUAUAGAUACAAAUAUGAUUCCAAUAGAUAUAUACACCCACGUGUACACAAUAAUCUACCAUAUACUUAUACAUGAUAUACCAGACUACUUUGAAGAGAACAUAGGGCACUUUACAAAAGGUCUCUUCUGCAUAUCCAGCAAGCCACAGCUGCACACAGAGAAUGCCAGCCUCAAGAACAACAAUAAUGUAAGAGCAGCACUUCUUAUACAGAUUAAGAUGGCACUGAUACUUCUUACAAAGUACACAGACGUAUACGAGGAAUUCAGCAUAUUCACUGAGUCGCUUGAUGGCAUCUAUAGUAGAGCACAUGAAAGCGAUGAAGGAGUGCAGAUUGAGUUUAUGCACUAUCUCCGGCAGCUUCUUCAAAUAACCCCUCCUAAUACGCCGCAGCACCUCCACUCUGUCCUGAGAAUCCUCCUCAGUAAAAUUCACCCGACAGAGAUGGAAGGCAAGGAGUUUCUUUAUGGGGACCCAGCCAGAAUCCAGGAAAUAUCCGCAGGCAUUAUAAAGGAUCUACUUGACCAGAAUGCAACAACCCUUCAGGAACUGAUAGCCCAGAACAACAGUCACUGCAAGAAUGCAGAAAAAGGAGAUAUAAACAGCCAAAAUGGCUCUCCUACUCGGCACUACAAUGGAAACUACCACUCUGAGUCCUCUCUAUAUCUAGUGCUGUAUUUAAUGCGUUGUAGGUUUAGAAUUUCAUCUUCUUUUUACAGUCAUUAUGUAGAGCAUGCAGUAAGCAUACUUCUAGCAAACCAGUCCUGCUUGGACACGCACGAACUGCCCAUAUCGAUGUCAAUUCUUGUUCUUUCAAUACAGCACGGCAUAUCAUACGAAUAUAUACAGACGCACACACAGCAAAUACUGCAGUCAAUAGACUCAGUCCUGGCAAGCAUCGACGAGGAUAGGUCACACCUGCUUUAUUUAGCAAUAGAGCUUCUCCAUACGAUAUAUGUGUACCACACAGAAGACCUUCCAUACAGCCCACACGAAAGCACAAUAGAAAAGCUUUUCUCAAUAUUCCAGCAGACAAAUAAUGAGCAGAUUGAGUCUGCAAUAAAAGGCCUCUUUCUGCUAAUGAGAAUGGACUACACCAGUAACAGCAGAAAGGAGAAAACCCCUGAAAGUACUGCAAGCAUUAAUAGAAGAUACAGUAAUGUAUGCACCACAGCAUACUAUACGCUUAUUAACUCUUCCUCGCUGUCGUGCCUUUCUAUUCGAUACCUAUACAACAUCGUAGCCCUUGACAUAUACUACCAAAAUAACCCAUCCUCAUUCUAUGCCCUUCUUCUCCACUCAAUCCAGCACGACAUCCAUGAGUACAACACGUACAACAUACUUAUUCUGUCUAUUGUUAAUAUACUGUACGAUAUACCGGAGUACAAAACUAUAUCUGACAGCAUACUGAAUAAUAGCGGCCUCUACAGCAACGAAUCGCUUGCUUACUUAUUUAUAUCGCACUCUAACCAAAACUACUACAACUACGCACAGACCACGAAUAACAGCAGCGUCAUAAGAGCAUUGGUAAAAUACGGGUAUAUUUAUAACUGCAAUUACGACAACCUAUUAAUAAGAUAUGUGAAUGGGAAUGACAAGAGCAUAGUAGAUAGAUUUAUCGGAAAAACAAGCAUCGCAGAAGAAGACACUAAAUUUGCAAUAGAAGAAAUAGAGAAAUACAUAAGAGAGAAUACUUACAGAGUAGAAGAGAUGGGGAGGAUAUUAGAGAAAGUGAAAAAAAGAAGAGUGAAAAGAAAGGAAGAGAAAGAGGGAAUAGACAUAAUAGAAGAGAUAGUUAGUAAAUAUAAGGAUAAGACUAAGAACAAAAGAUAA